UGACGUGAUGUCAUGUUAUGUCAUGAAUUUAACAGCUGAGAAGUGAGAACCUGAGAAUUUCAAAGUUUCAUAAUUGGAAAAUUGGGGUACUAGUCUAUUGAUUUGAAUUUUUAAUUGUUUAUGAUGUUGAAAUCAUUGGAAACGUUUGGUAAACUUGUGGGUCGUUUCGCAGGAAUUCGUUCCCUACAUUCCACAGCUCCCCUUCAACAUGAUAGCUUGUUUGUACAUAGGGAUACUCCCGAAAAUAAUCCAGAUAUCAAAUUUGAAUUCUCUCCAGAAAACCAGAAGAGAGUCGAUGCUAUCCUAGCUAUAUAUCCAGAAGGGCAUAAACGUGCAGCAAUGAUUCCCCUUCUAGAUUUGGCUCAACGACAGUAUGGUUGGCUGCCCCUUUCUGCUAUGCAUAAAGUUGCUGAAAUUUUAAAUCUGCCAAAAAUGAGGGUAUAUGAAGUAGCUACUUUUUACACCAUGUUCAUGAGGAAUCCAACUGGCAAAUAUCAUGUACAAGUUUGUACCACAACACCAUGUUGGCUUAGGGGUUCUGAUGAAGUUUUGGAAGCCUGCAAAGAAAAUUUGGGUAUUGGAGUUGGAGAAACAUCCAAAGACAAAAUGUUCACCAUUUCUGAAGUUGAAUGUUUAGGGGCUUGUGUUAAUGCUCCAAUGAUGCAAAUAAAUGAUGACUACUAUGAAGACUUGACAGUGAAUGAUACAAAUGAAAUUUUGAACGACUUGAAGGCUGGCAAGAAGCCAAAAGCUGGUCCAAGAAGUGGAAGAUUUGCAUCAGAACCUCAUGGUGAACCAACAUCACUGAAAGGAGAUCCACCAGGUCCUGGAUUUGGUGUUCGUCCAGAUUUGUAAAGUUGUAUUAGCCUGAGAAAGCCUAAUUAAAUGUUAUAUUUAUUA